GGGGCCAGUCGUCCGAAAGUGCCAUGGCCGCCCUGCGCGCACUGCUGCCCGCUGUCCGUCACCCGCUGCGCGUCCUGGCCCGCAGCCCCGCGCUGCGCGCCUUCGCCUCGGGUGCCAAGUUUGAGUACAUCAUCACCGACAAGAGGGGCCGGGGCGGCAGCGUGGGGCUGAUCCAGCUGAACCGCCCCAAGGCACUGAACGCCCUGUGCAAUGGCCUCAUUGAAGAGCUGAACCAGGCGCUGGGGGCCUUUGAAGAGGACCCAGCCGUGGGGGCCAUCGUGCUGACGGGCGGGGACAAGGCGUUUGCAGCCGGAGCCGACAUCAAGGAGAUGCAGAACCACACUUUCCAGGACUGCUACUCCAGCGGGUUCCUGAGCCACUGGGACCAGCUCACCAGGGUCAAGAAGCCGGUCAUCGCUGCCGUCAAUGGCUACGCCCUCGGUGGGGGCUGUGAGCUCGCCAUGAUGUGCGACGUCAUCUAUGCCGGCGAGAAGGCCCAGUUUGGACAGCCAGAGAUUCUGCUGGGCACCAUCCCAGGUGCAGGGGGCACCCAGAGACUCACCCGCGCCGUGGGGAAGUCGCUGGCAAUGGAAAUGGUGCUCACAGGUGACCGGAUCUCAGCCCAGGAAGCCAAGCAGGCAGGUCUCGUGAGCAAGGUUUUCCCUGUCGAGACGCUGGUGGAAGAAGCCAUCCGGUGUGCCGAGAAAAUUGCCAGCAAUUCUAAAAUUAUAACAGCCAUAGCCAAAGAGUCGGUGAACGCAGCAUUUGAGAUGACGCUGACAGAAGGAAAUAAGCUGGAGAAGAAGCUCUUCUACUCCACUUUUGCCACUGAUGACCGGAAGGAAGGGAUGACCGCCUUUGUGGAGAAGAGAAAGGCCAACUUCAGAGACCAGUGAGGCCGGGCGGGGCCUGGGAAGGGCAGCGGGGGUGAGCCCGAGGCCACCAGUGUCAGUGAUCCCACUGAGCCCUCGGCACACUCAAGUCCUCGCCUCACGUGGAGACACGUCUGCUUGCCGUGCCGUGGGAGGUGGGCGCCCACCAGGCUGCUGGGCCACUCCCGUCCACUGGCUGUACACGCUCUGCUGAUUAAAGCGAUGGCUCAGACGGGGUGUCCCCCUGUCUAGAGGUAGAGUCA